GCGCUCUCGGUCUCUCGGUGCUCGCUCCAUCGGGUCUGGCCGAGCCGGCAGCGGUGAGGACCCGGGUCUGGCGCCGUGGGCCGGUAGCCGUGGGGCGGCAUGGAGGGACUGGUUGCCGCCGCCGGCGGGGACGUCUCCCUGCACAACUUCAGCGCGAGGCUGUGGGAGCAGCUGGUCCACUUCCACGUCAUGCGGCUGACGGACUCGCUGUUCCUGUGGGUGGGGGCCACGCCGCACCUGCGCAACCUCGCCGUGGCCAUGUGCAGCCGCUACGACUCCAUCCCCGUGUCUACCUCCCUCCUUGGAGACACUUCCGACACGACCUCUACUGGCCUUGCCCAGCGCCUAGCUGAUCCUGGAGAAACUAAAACCGUCUGCACAGCAAAGGAAACGAUCAACAGACCGAGAAGACAACCUACAGAAUGAUAGAAAGUCUUUGCAAACUAUUCAUCUGACAGGGGAUUAAUAUCUAGAAUACACGAGGAACUCAAACACCUCGACAGCAAUAAAAGAAACAACCUGAUUUUAAAAAUGGACAAUAAUCUGAAUAGACAUUUCUUAAAAGAAGACACAA